UGUAAAAUGUAACUUCCCAGCUGAUGGGCAUUGAGAUCGACCCAGAGUACGGAGGCACCGGCUCCACGUUCUUCUCCUCCAUCCUGGUCAUUGAGGAGCUGGCCAAGGUGGACGCCUCCGUGGCCGUGCUAUGUGACAUCCAGAACACCCUCAUCAACACGCUCUUCGCCAAGCUGGGGACCGCAGCCCAGAAAGAACAGUACCUCAGCCGACUGUCAACAGACAUGGUUGGUAGUUUCUGCCUGUCAGAAGCAGAGUCGGGGAGCGAUGCCUUCUCUCUGAAGACGCGCGCUGACAAACACGGGGACUAUUACCUCCUCAAUGGUUCCAAGAUGUGGAUCAGUAAUGCAGAGCAUGCUGGGGUGUUUCUGGUGAUGGCCAACGUGGACCCGUCUGCUGGUCACAGAGGCAUCACCUGCUUCAUCGUGGACAGAGACGCAGAGGGGCUUCAGAUCGGCAAGAAGGAGAACAAACUGGGUCUGAGAGCCUCUUCAACCUGUCCUCUCAACCUGGAUAACAUCAAGGUUCCUGAGAAGAACAUCUUGGGUCAGAUCGGCCACGGAUACAAGUACGCCAUCGGCAUGCUGAAUGAAGGCAGGAUUGGGAUCGCUGCCCAGAUGCUGGGAUUGGCUCAGGGCUGCUUCGACCAGGCGGUUCCCUACACCAGACAGAGGGUUCAGUUUGGCAAACGCAUCUUCGACUUCCAGGCCAUGCAGCACCAGAUUGCCCAUGUAGCCACCCAGAUAGAGGCUGCCAGGCUGCUGACCUACAACGCUGCCCGGCUGAAGGAGGCAGGAAGACCCUUCAUCAAGGAGGCCUGCAUGGCCAAGUACUUCACCUCAGAGGUCGCAACGUUGACCACAUCAAAAUGCAUAGAGUGGAUGGGAGGGGUAGGCUUCACCAAAGACUACCCUAUUGAGAAAUACUACAGAGAUUGUAAAAUAGGUACCAUUUAUGAGGGCACAACCAACAUCCAGCUGUCCACCAUGGCCAAGUUUAUAGACAAGGAGUAUGACUACUGACCUCCUGACCUGGUCUGGCUGGAUCCCCAUCAUGGAGACCGACCUGGCUGGAUCCCCAUCAUGGAGACUGACCUGGCUGGAUCCCCAUCAUGGAGACUGACCUGACAUCCUGACCUGGUCUGGCUGGAUCCCCAUCAUGGAGACUGACCUGGCUGGAUCCCCAUCAUGGAGACUGACCUGGCUGGAUCCCCAUCAUGGAGACUGACCUGACCUCCUGACCUGGUCUGGCUGGAUCCCCAUCAUGGAGACUGACCUGGCUGGAUCCCCAUCAUGGAGACUGACCUGGCUGGAUCCCCAUCAUGGAGCCUGACCUGGCUGGAUCCCCAUCAUGGAGACUGACCUGGCUGGAUCCCCAUCAUGGAGACUGACCUGGCUGGAUCCCCAUCAUGGAGCCUGACCUGGCUGGAUCCCCAUCAUGGAGACUGACCUGGCUGGAUCCCCAUCAUGGAGACUGACCUGACCUCCUGACCUGGUCUGGCUGGAUCCCCAUCAUGGAGACUGACCUGGCUGGAUCCCCAUCAUGGAGACUGACCUGGCUGGAUCCCCAUCAUGGAGACAGACCUGGCUGGAUCCCCAUCAUCAUGGAGACUGACCUGGCUGGAUCCCCAUCAUGGAGACUGACCUGGCUGGAUCCCCAUCAUGGAGACUGACCUGGCUGGAUCCCCAUCAUGGAGACUGACCUGGCUGGAUCCCCAUCAUGGAGACUGACCGUUACACACUCCUCUUUGUGACCCAUUUGGUUUUAUCACUCGUUGUUGGACUGUUGUGGGAUUUAGGGCUCCUAAAUUCAAUCCGUAUCGCGGGAGUUCAACGCUCCAGCAUGAUUUAAAUUUAAAGGCAAUGUUCCCCCGUUUAGUGGAGAAUGCAUUCACUGUAAACUCUGCAUAUGUCGACUCAAUCUACAUUUUCUAUCACGCAAUCUGUACCGCUUCAGCGAUCCCAGACGGAAUACGGCCCUUGGGAGUGUACUGAGCAAUACUGUAGCGCUCAUGUUUAAACCACUGUGUAGCUGACUGCAGUACUAGAGGAUGUUCCAUAACCGUGUAACAGUUAGUCAAUGCAUCUGUUGCUUUCCACUAUGGAUAGAUUUAAUGGUUACUGUUUCCAGACCUGUAGAUAGUGAAACGUAGCUCUGGUGUUGGUAGUGUUAAUUGUUUUCAACUGUUUCCAGACCUGUAGAUAUUGAAACGUAGCUCUGGUGUUGGUAUUGUUAAGUGUUUUCAACUGUUUCCAGACCUGUAGAUAUUGAAACGUUGGUAUUGUUAAGUGUUUUCAACUGUUUUCCCCCACUUCCAUGGCUCUUUCAGAAUCUUCCACCUCAGUAGCUUUUCAAAGUAAUAAGAAUCCAUCAUGUUAUUACCACAGUAUUGGUAGAACUAUUAUCUGAUUUAAUGGUCUCAUUUCAAAUCAACAAAUCAGUGCCUUUUUAUCCCAGUAUAGUGUGUGUGGAUUUUGUAACACCAUAAGAUCUGAAAUAAACCUUGUGUGCCUCCGUUAGAUGAAGUCUUUCUGUGGUUGUGUAGCCUGUUUGGUGGGUUUUUUUGGGGGUCUACUUUGUCAUGGUAAUCAUGUUUAAUUGGUGGAGUAGGUCCACGCUGUCAGAGCUUUCUUUCUUUCAGCAUUCUACUUUAUUUUAAAGAUGUCUGGGGAAUUAGUUUCACAGAACUAAAAAGAGAUUGUCUACAUGAACUUCUUUGGACAAUACUAAUAAAUAUUAAAUAAGUGUUUUAAUGA